CACAACUCGCACAACAAUACAACAUUUACCUGAAAUUCUUCAAUCUCUCUUCGCCUCCCGGCGACUCGUAUUCAAACUCCCAAGAAGGCAAGAACAAUUGAAUUUUGCAAAAGUAACACCCAAUUUCUUCAAUAAUCUGUAAUCAAAAACCCUAAAUUCACGAGCUUAAUCGUUGAAAUAAAAUGGCUGAUCGUGAUAAAAACUGGGAUUUCUACCUCCGAACACUCUCAGCAAGUGCCAGAGACUCCACUUCACCUGCUUCCGAUCCUUCUCUUCUUGAAUCCGUAAAGAAGCUUUGUGAGCUUUGUAAAGCUGAGAAGUCUGAUGAUUUAGUUGCUCGAAUUUAUUCCUCCAUUAACAAGCUAUUUCAACGUUCUGUUGCUUCUCUCUCCCAGUCUCGCUCUUCUCAUGGCCUUCUCUUGUUGGCCAUUCUCCAAUUUUUCUUGGACUUUGGAGAGUCUGUUCUUCAUGAUGCUGAUCCCAGUCUGAGGACAUUUUUUCGUUCUUGCUUGAGCCGUGAUUUUGCUGACCCUGUCAUUGCAGAGGCAACAAUCAAAUUUCUUAUUGUGAAUAAAAAGAAGCUUCAGACUUCAUUUCCAACUGUGCUACCUCAAUUCUUUCCCUUGCUAUUGAAGCUCAUUGCAUGGAAUGGAGAGAAGCUUGAGAAAUCAUUUCUGAAGAUAUUUCCUGCGCUAGUAGCUCCCGGGUCAUUCUUGGCUUUAUUUCCAGCUAUCGCAGACUUGCCUGUCCUGGUUGUUGCUCUUGAAAAGGUGGAAAAAAGCUCUGGAACACUGGUUGGUAACAGCAUUGCUUCAAUCAAGAAUAGUACUGCUCCUGAGAUGCUACUUGCCUUAAUGGAUGAGGCAUAUACUGGCUCAACCAUAGCAGGCGGAGAAGGUGACUCUGAAUCUGAGGAUAGCAAUACUAUAGAUGUUGCUGAUCCUGCUUUCCUUGAUCUUCUUAAAGAUGAGAAUGACUUUAUCACUGAACGUCAUUGGACAUCACCUGCAAUUGCUGCAGCAUUACAGGCUGCUACAAGUGGUGUUCAGUCUGACCGGUUGAAACAAUCACUAAAGAUCGCACCUCGCCUGCUGGAUGUAUAUUUUGCUAUAGCCUUACGCGAUGUCAAUGAUUCCUUGAUUUGUGCGCUUAUUCCCAUGCUUAUGUUAAGACAUGCUGCUAUAUUCCCAGACAAAAUUUUUUCAUAUGAGGUCAGAAAAAGACUCUUGGAAUUUAUGCUUGCUUCAUUUCAGCGCUCACCAGAUUUUAUCUCACUUCUGAAGAAACCUAUCGUGGACAGACUUGGUGAAGCUUAUGACAGCCAAGAGAAGACAGAGUUGGCUUUACAACUUUGUUGGGCUAUUGGCGAGCAUGGAGGGGGCGGUGAAUCUCACAAAGAUGCUGCUCGUGAACUUUUUGAAAGUUUGGAGUUACUUUUAUACGAGAACCUCUCAUCUAGCCGUCUUGGUCUAAGACAAGGCACCACUAGCACAGGCUCUGAGAAGGCGGGACAGUCCAGACUUCUAUGCUUUGUUAUAACAGCUAUUGCAAAACUUGCUACUUAUCACCGUGAAUUACUACCUAGGGGUCGUGUAUCCUUAGCAAAGGUAGUUCGAUCUCGAUUAUCUGACGCAAGGGUUUGGACAAGGGCUCGUGAUUGUUUGGGUUUACUGAAUGAGCCUGCUAUAUGUAUGUCUGUGUUGGGAUCUUCACGACAUCCCAGGGGAGAGAAAUAUCCAGGAACUGUGAACUGGAGUGAUGGUGGGACUAAAAUGAUUGCUCAUGUCCCAUUUUAUAUCUUGGCUGGACAAGCAGGCCCCCCAUUUCAUGAUUUUGCAUUCUCAGACAUCCUUCCAAACAGAUGAUUGAUGCAAAAUCUGCAACAAGAGAUAUUGAAUUUGUUUCUGUUUAUAUUUUUUGCUGAAAUUGUGACCUGAGUAGAAUAUCUCUCUUGCCUCUUGGGUUCGAUGAAAGCUGUAAUUUCUUGUCAUAAUGCCUUCUUAACUGUUUCAAAGUUAUUUCGAGAGUAGAUUGUGAGUGAAGGUAAAGGUUGUGCAUCGAUCCCUUACAUGUACUUUCCUUUCCAGAUGAGGUGUGAUGGGACUUAUAUCUGUUUUGCAUUCCGGAUUUGAUUGACUCUCAUCCUCAUGUUAUGCUGCCGCUCUUCAGACCAAUACUCUGGCUUAUCACCAAGCUUACUCUGGGCUGAAGUGAUCAGUUGUUGCAACUUAUUUGGAGUGCACUUUGCAGAGGACAGCUUCAGAACUCUCAAGUUGUUGUGCAACAUAAAAUCUCUUUUUGCUAUGUUCAACAAAUCUCUACUUAAUUUCUUACUACUGGACAAUAAAACCUGAAUUCAAGACUUGUAUUUCAGUCCGUCUGCACUCUGCAAUAAAACACCUUCCAAAGAGGAAAUAUAUGUAAAAUCUUUGAUUAUGUUUUGCUGAUUCAAGUCUGUAAUUAGUACGGUGAUCCAUCAGCAUUAGAGGAAAUUUGUACAGACUACAGAGCAAUGCCUGUGGAUACGGCUAUGCAAUGAACACCUUCAGGUUCAACAUCAUGCACCCCUCAGAAGUUCAGUAUCAGUCAAACUCAGCCUAUCCUAGCGGCUAUCCCAUAUGUACAGAUUAUAAACACUUGCGGUUAGAAUGAUAACCUUUCAUUAACACUCAAAUCUAAUAGACAACAUUGAGUCUAACCGACUUCCUAAAGUUUUAAUAGAGGGCUUUAGUUCAUGUUUAUUUGUAAACAGAAUAAGUUUUUAUACCGGCCAAUUAUGGUAUGACAUAAAUAUGUCUAAUUGUUUA